UUACACAAUUAAUUCCAUUUUUUUAUAAGACGACCCGACUUCAUGGAAAAAUAAAAAUGGCGACCAGAGAUGCGGUCAAGGGAGCGAAGGGAAACCCUUUUGAGCGGCAAGUUUAAUUGUUGGGGACAGUUUUGAAAAGUUCUUUAAAUUGGAUGCGUGCGCAGACGUGUAUAUCAUCAGCAUAAAGAGAACGUGGGUGACGGUGGACUCCCGGCGAAUAAGAUAACCUCUACAUCGUUCAGAUCCGGUGUGGAAAUUUAUUGUACAAGUUGAGAGGUGAACGGGGCAAUUCAAAGAAGGCGGUGCGAGGAUUUAUAACAUAUUGUAAUCAUUUCUUAUUGAAAUAAGAGUGUGCAAAAUGGACGACGACGUUCAGUUGUUGGUUUCCAUUGGACUCAGUGAGCAGAAAGCGAAGGAAACACUGAAGAAUGCACAGGUGACCAGGAAUUUAAAAAUUGCAAUCACCAAGGCGAAGGAAACUGAUGGCGAGAUUUCUCCAGAAGUUGGUACCCUCCUGUACCACCUCGCAUCUAAGAUCAAGCCGCAGAUUCUAGAUCAACUUCCCCUAGUCUCUCUGUACAUCUCUCAAAAAAAGCUCGACACUAUCCAGCGCGUCGAUGCUGCUCUUGCUCACCUCCUCGAUACUAUCAAUACCCCUCUCAAUAUCCCAGAUCUGGAGGCUGCUUGCGGCGUCGGGGUUUCCAUUACCCCGGAUCAAAUAGAGGCCUCAGUGGAGACCCUGAUAAAAAAAAAUCUCGAGGAAAUAAAGGCCAAGCGUUACAAAUUUAACGCAGGUCCUUUGAUGCAAGAAGUCCGUACUAUUCUCAAGUGGGCUGAUGGGAAAGCAAUAAAAAACGAAGUCGAUCUUCAGAUACUUGAUAUCCUGGGUCCUAAAACAGAGGCCGAUCUUGCACCAGUUAAACCCCAAAAACAAAAAUCGAAAUCUGACAAGAGUAUCAAAGAAAAUUCAAAUAAAAUCGAGAAGAUUUCAAAAGAAAGUGGAACUACUCAAAAUUUAAAAAAUGAUAAAAGCUCCGAGGAAACAUCGAAGGACUCAGCAAAAACAAUCGCCGAAGUGAUGUCGAAACUUCAGUUCCAUAAGCCCGGUGAAAAUUACAAGACCGAGGGGUAUAUAGUGACACCACACACCCACAGACUCCUCCAGGAACACUUGAAAGCUACUAAAGGCUCGGUAAUUACUCGAUUUCCUCCAGAGCCCAAUGGAAUCCUUCACAUCGGUCAUGCCAAAGCCAUCAACAUCAACUUCGGAUACGCAGCGGCUAACAACGGCCUGUGCUAUCUUCGAUACGAUGACACAAAUCCUGAGAAGGAAGAGGAAAAAUUCUUUAUUGGAAUUCGAGAGAUGGUCGAAUGGUUGGGGUACAAUCCCGCGAAAAUCACUCAUUCCUCCGACAAUUUUCAACAGCUCUACGAGUGGGCGGUGAAAUUAAUUUCAACGGGACAUGCCUAUGUGUGUCAUCAGAAAAGUGAAGAGAUGAAGGGAUUCAAUCCUCCACCUUCUCCCUGGCGAGAGCGAGCAAUAUCCGAGAGUCUUCAGUUAUUCGAGGACAUGAAAAAUGGAUUAUUGGAAGAGGGUGAGGCAACUCUCAGGAUGAAAUGUACACUUGAAGAGGGUAAACAGGAUCCAGUGGCUUAUCGAAUAAAAUAUUCACCCCAUCACAGAACUGGUGACAAAUGGUGCAUUUAUCCAACCUAUGAUUUUACACAUUGCCUUUGCGAUAGUAUCGAGAAUAUUACACAUUCACUCUGCACCAAGGAGUUCCAGACGAGGAGGAGCUCUUAUUACUGGCUCUGUAAUGUAUUAGAACUCUAUUGUCCGGUCCAGUGGGAGUAUGGACGAUUAAAUGUUAGUUAUACUGUGGUAUCAAAGAGGAAAAUUGCAAAAUUAAUUGAUGAAGGAAUUGUCAGUGAUUGGGAUGAUCCUAGACUGUUUACGUUAACUGCAUUGAGAAGAAGAGGUUUUCCACCAGAAGCUAUUAAUAAUUUCUGCGCGCAAAUGGGAGUGACUGGUGCUCAAGCUGUGGUUGAUCCCAUGGUGUUGGAGGCUGCUGUCAGGGAUGUACUGAAUGUACAUGCUAGUAGACAUAUGGUUGUGCUUGAGCCCGUCAAGGUCACCAUAGAAAAUUUCCAGGGACAGGAACAGGCGGCCAAGGGUUUUGAUGUGCCUGAUUUUCCCAUUGAAGUGGAGAGAGGACAGCAUCACGUGGAGUUUGAUGAGAUUAUUUAUAUUGAGGCGUCUGAUUUCAAGGAGGAAGAUGAGAAAGGUUUUCGUCGUUUAACUCCGAAACAGUCUGUCGGCCUCAAGUACGCCGGUAUCGUUCUGACCUUCCAAAGAAUUGAGAGAGACGAGAGUGGAAAAAUGACUGGUCUCAUUGUUAAGCAAGAGCCACUUACCGAUAAAAAUAAGCCUAAGGCGUUCAUUCAUUGGGUCGCUAAGCCUAAACUCGCAUCGAUUCGCCUCUACGAACGACUAUUCAAUCACAAAAAUCCUGAGGAUACGAACGAGGUUCCCAACGGGUUCCUCAGUGAUAUCAACCCAGAAAGUAAGAAACAGGUUGUGGGAUACGUUGACAGAGGCCUAGAAGCAAUCGCCAAGCCAUUCACCCAGUUUCAGUUCGAACGGAUUGGAUUCUUCUCUGUCGAUCCUGAUACCAAGCCAGGAAUGUUGGUGUUCAACAGGACAGUUACGUUAAAAGAAGAUGCUGGAAAGGCGUAAUCAAUGUCCUCGGCGAUUUCUAACUGAAAAUUACUAGAAAGUGUUCGAAUUUAUUGAUACAGCUGCAAGUGACCUGGUGACAGAGCGGUCGAGAUGAAAAAUUUUAUUAUUACUCAAUCCAUAAUAUCACUUUUGCUAUUUUCUGAACUCUUUGAUAACAUAUUGGGAGAUAACUCCGUGUGGAACUAUAAUUUAAGACGAAAGUGUCUUAACAAAUUUAGUUCUAUCUCAUAUUUGUCAAGUAAUUGAAAGUUUCCACUUCGACCAGUCAUCAUUGACUUGUAUGUCGCUCGUCAGUACAAUGUAUUGUAAUUACCUUAAUAAACCCUUUGUUAUGCAACAGA